AUGUGUUUCGUUUGUGUAAUUGGAAGUGUGUAUCAACAAGAAAAUGAUGUGAAAGAUUAUAGUUUUGAUCGAAAUGAAAUGAUGGAUGACCUAGUUUCACUCAAUGUUGCAGAUGAAAAUUCAGUUGAUGAAUUUGAAUUGACAGACGACGUGUAUCUUAGUCCCUAUCAACGAAAACGUUUAAGAAACAUUCAAAGAAUGCAAAGAAAAAGAAGAAUUGCAAGAAGACAACUACAAGCAAAAAUGAGAGCAGCAAAAAAUAGAUUGAGUAGACAAGCAAGAAGAUUGUUUAGAAACGCUAAGAAAAAAGUUAGACGACAAUUACAAAAACGAGAGUUGGAGCAAUUCAUGAAUAAGAAAACUAGAAUGAUGAAGUUAAGAAGAAAAGCACGUAAAGUACUAAGAAAGAAACAACAGCAAGCAAGUAAUAAAAAUAACAAAUUCAAUAAUCAAAGAGCAUCUACCAAUAUUCAACAAUCAUCAACUUCUUCAAUAAAAAAUAAUCAAAACCAACAACCAGCAAAACAGAUGAAAAAUAAUAAAAACAAUAAAAAAAAUAAUAUAAAGAAACAAAUUCAAAAGAAGAAUAAUAGUGGUAAUAAAAAACAAAUUCAAAAGAAGAAUAAUAGUGUUGGACUUACACAACAAGAAAAAAGAAAUUAUGCACAACAAGAAUAUUUAAUGAGAAAGAAAGCAUUUGAUGCAUUAAAACGAAUUAGAAUGCUUAGAAGAAAUAAACGAAUGACUAUUAUGCAACAAGCUGAAUUAAGAAAACAAAUGAGAAUAAGACAAGAAAUGUUAUAUAGAACAAAACAAUUAAUGAUAAGAAAGAAAAGAGUAGAAGCAAGAAGACGAAGUGAAAUGGUUAGAAAAAGAAGAAUUGCAUUACAAAAGAAAAGAAAUGAAGAAAAUAGAAGAAGAAGAGAAAUGGAAUUUAAAAAAAGAAUUGCUAUGAAAAAACAACAAGAAUUAAAGAGAAGAAGAAGAAUGGAUAUGAUGAAAAAACGACAAGAAGCUGCUCGGUUAUUUAGACAAAAGAAAAUGCAACAACGAAUCAAAAGAAUGCAAGAAAUUCGAGAAUUAAGAAGAAGAAAAAUGAUGCGUAUUAUUCAAGCACGAAAAGCUGCUAGAUUAAGAAGAGAUAAACAAAGACAAGAACGAAGGAGAAGGUAUUUAGCUAUGGUCAGAAGUCGUGGUGUUGCACCAAAUAUUAAACAAAUGUUUAACAAUGCAAGAAGACAACGAUUAGUUAAACAAGUCAAAGAAGAAUUUAGUAGAAAUAUUGAAGAAAGACAAUUAAGAGAGAGGAUUGAGAGAGAAAAAGAACGACAAAUACAAGAAAUUAAUCAAUUAGAUUUACUCAAUAGAAGGAGUAAAGAAGAGUUAAAAAGUAUUGAAAAUUCAGCACAAAAGAGCAUUCAACAAAUGAAUGAAGAAUUAAAUAAAUUAAGAAAUGAAAAGAAUCUUCAAGCUCAACAACAGAUUGAUGCUAUCAAAAUGUUAAGUGAUAAAAAAAGAGUUAAAUUUGUCAAAAACAUUAAUUCUUUAAUGGACAAAACAUUAGACCAAGAACGGUUAAAAGUUGAUCCUUUUGUUGUUUUAGAAAAAGGAAGUAAAGACAUGGAAUUAAUUAGAGUGAUGAGAUUAAAAAAUAAAAUAAUGAAUCAACUUGAUGCUAUUCAAAUCUAA